CGUUCCCCUAAUCCCACCACACCCUCUUCUUGCCGGAUUACAGCGAACCUUCGUCACUUUUGCGGGUCCCUUUUCUUGUGAAUGAGAAGACUUUAGGUUAAAAGUCCCUGCUUCCCCCGUGCUCAGAGAGUACUGUCCGUGCGAUUUGCUGGUACUCGGUGGUCGUUUGGAAGAUGGCUGCAAGCCUGGAGGCUGCGCUCUGUGUUGGAAGCGCCGUUGCCUGGUUACGGCCGCUACCUAGUAACCGGGGAGAGUCCGCGUGGGGCCCAAACAUUGACGAGGAGGUUCCAGCAGCAGCAGAAAUCACAGCGUCGCCUGACUGACAGAUAACGCCGCGACAUGUAACCAAGGAUAUAAUUUGAACCACAACGGAACAGAAUGGCAGAGGCACACUUAUUCGGUGAGCAAAAUAGUGGAUUGCCUAUUCAACGACAAGGGAUGAACAAAGGUUCAUGCCAUCUCGGUUCCUCUGCAUACCGUAAAUGUGAUUGGGUUAAAGUUGCAUUACCAUUUAUCUGCAAAGUGAUUCGUCACGUCCGUGAAUUAGAAACAAAGACUGAAGCAUGGUUCAAACAGCUUCCAGCACCUGUACGACCAGAAUCCCAGGAAUCAAGUCUGUAUUCGGAAAGUACGAAUGGGAAUGCUGAGAGAUUUGUAACCCGAGAAACAAAUAUAUCAGAUCAAAAAUUUUCCGGUGAACUUUGUGUUCAAGGUGUUGGACUUGAUCGAAUAGAUGAACAAACCGCAGAUUUGCAAGAAGAAAUGCGGACAGUGCUGUCCGAGAUCAUUGGCUUGAUGGAGGAACUUAAAACUGAAUGCGAAAAGGCAGAUGAGGCUUUAAAAGCAGAAAGAGAGCGGGUAACAAUGCUCGGAGAUAAGAUUGAUCAACUUUCACUCUGGUGGCUACAUGAAUUUCCUGAAGCUGUACAAAAAGAGUAUGACAUAUGCUCACAUGAUAUAGAUGAAUUGCAGUGGCAUAUUGAGGUCAAAACAUAUAAUUUAAAAAAUCUACAAGAUCGGGUUGCUGAUGCAGAUGCAUUUAACAAGAAAUUACAGGAAGAAAUAAACUUAAUCAGGAAUCUUGAAGAUCAACUAGAAGAAAAACUGCAUUUGGAGUACAGAAUCAUUGAUGAUAUUUUACCGAAUCAAAAAGAGAUGGCUGAAAUCUUUAACAAUGCUAAUUUGGACUUAAAUGAAGCACAGCAGGAAUUUGAUGAUACCAGUGCGAAAGCAGAGUUGCAACAAAAGUUGAUGAAUGACGAACUUCAGAUGAUGGAAAGCAAAAUAGCAGAUCUCCACAAAGACUUGAUCGAUGCCAAGGAUCUGUUUGAUGUAUAUACUACACAGGAGGACAAAAUUCAAAAACAACAUCGAGAAGCAGAAGAACUGUACAACCAACUUAUUAAUGAAUCUGUUGAUUUGGAACAACAGAAAAAUAUCAAAGCAGAGAAUUUGAAGCAGUUAAAAAUUAAGCGUGCAGAAGAACAAGCUGAGAUAAGUAUCCUGGCAACAGCUUGCACUGAACUUAGAAACACUCUCAAGGAAAGAACAACAAUUGGAAGAACUGAAUUGUCACAACAACAGAGAGACCUUGUAAAAACAGUACUUGAAUUUAGGGAUUUGGAGAAAGCAAACAGAGAACUUGAAUUGAAUAUUGAAACCUUCAACAACGACAUUAAAGAAAGUCGGCAGGAAAGAAAUAAAAUGAAGAAAGAAAUCCGGCAAAUGCAGGAAGCUGUAAAGAUGAAUAAUACCAAGCUCGCCACUGUGAAGAAACAGCUCUCCCAAGUGGAGAGGACUCAAAGUGCAGUGAAAGCAAAGUUGUCGAUGCUGACAAAGUCAUCAGUCGAUCAGGAAGAUCAGUUAAAGGCUGAGACUGAAAAAUUAAAGAAAAGAAUCAAAGACACAAUGAUGCUGCGCGCAAAACUUCAGGCCAAGGCUAAAGCAGAGGCUGAUGAGCUACAUCGUAUUAAAGAGGCUGCUGAAAAGAAGAAAGAAAAUGUUCUAAAAAAAGUUACACAAGCUGGGAAGAUUGUUGAAGAUAUUGAAGCCAAGUUUAAAGAACUUGAAGCCAUAUACAAAACCCAAAAUGAAAAAGAAUAUUUGGACAACUUCAAUCAGCUUAAUGAUACCCUCAAGCAGAAUGAGGCUAUACGGGAAACAUUUCUUCAGAAGCAAAGCUUAAAAACUCGGUUAUUGAAUGAGAUUGAAAAAUACAAAAAUAGCAUUCUGGAUUUGCGACCAAUGCUAGAUGCAUCAGAGUUCAAGCAAAACAAUGCUGAAAACUUCAUUUCUAAAUUAAAGGAAGACCUUGAUAUAGCUGUUAAAAGGAAGACACAUGUGGAAGAAGAGCAUUGGAAAUUGAUUCAUGAUCGAAAAGAUAAACGUCAAGAAGUUAGGGUCAAACUUGCGUUAGCACUCAUUGAUAAUACGAAUCAAACUGAAGAGUAUCAGCAACUGCAACAAACUUGCAAAAGUGCAAAAAACCAGCUUGCAGAUAUUUAUGAUGACAGACAGAAGACAGAAAUACGCAUUAAAGAUUAUUUACAGCUCUCUGUACUGCAAACCAGGAUGCAUAAGGCACUAGUGGAAUACAGAAAACAACAGGGCCUUUACAGCCAAGCAGGACUGGCCAAAUCCCAGGCUCUUUCAAACGAAAAUGCUCGGACAAUAAUAGCUAUGCAGGGGAAGAUGUCAAAAUCCAUUCAGCGUGUCUCUGCUUUCCUGCAAUCUCUCGCAGACUCCUGUGAGAAAAAGGACGCCACAGCAAACAAACAGUGCAACCAAGAUGGUGUAAUCAAAGACAAGAAAAGUCAAGCAGCUCAAAUAACAGUGUAAUUGGACAUUCACCUGUUUGCCAUUUCACACUUCCAUGGACUGCAACUCAGUCACCUCCCAGCAUGCUUUGUCUUCUUUUACUUACAGCAAAUCCAUAACAAUGAAACAGGUGACUUUCAUGCUGCUGUCAGGAACAAUCUCAUUUCAGCUCUGGGUGACUGAUUGCAAUUGGCUUUGCCUCAUCUGAUAAUUAAUCUAUGUCACCAUUAAUUGGAAGAGAGAAUAAUUACUGGUGAUGUUGACAGUGACUGUACGCUUCUCUAGAUUUCUGUCUAUUGCUCAGGCCUAACUAAUAACUCUACAGUUCAGCACUGAAACUUUACUUUAUUCAUGUUGUAACAAUCUCUGUCAACAUGUAAUGUUGUUGCAUAUACCCGUUAGUCCCUUUGUUAUCACUUGUCAAUAGUUUUGAAUACCAAAAGCUGACUUCGUCUUACCACUCUUUUGUAUUCUAUCUUAAUUUUGUGAAAGUUUAAAGUUUUCAAUGAGCUGGAGAUGAAUGAUUAAUGAAUAAAUCCAAAUGCUUCAUUUUGUCCAUG